AUGGAAGUCGAAAACGAAUAUAGACAUGUAUUGCCGGUUCCUAUGUACCACAGUGAGUACAACAUUUGGUCAGUUUUAAAGAAUUGCAUUGGAAAAGAACUAAGCAAAAUAACUAUGCCUGUAGUUUUCAAUGAGCCGCUCAGUUUCCUACAACGCAUGGCGGAGUACAUGGAGUACGCCCACCUCCUACGAAUUGCAUCUCAACAAGAAGAUCCCAUGACAAGGAUGCAGUAUGUCAUCGGGUUUGCAGUAAGUGCUUUGGCCUCUAACUGGGAAAGGUUGGGAAAGCCUUUUAAUCCAUUGCUAGGCGAGACGUACGAGUUAGAAAGGAAAGAAUUUAAAAUUAUAUGCGAACAAGUCAGCCACCAUCCUCCUGUGUCAGCUUUCCACGCCGAGAAUGGCGACUGGGUUUUCCAUGGAUCCAUACAUCCGAAACUAAAGUUUUGGGGCAAGAGCGUCGAAAUACAGCCCAAAGGAGUGGUUACCGUGGAAUUUCCAAAGCUUAACGAAGCGUAUACUUGGACGAACGUACAAUGUUGUGUUCACAAUAUAAUCGUUGGAAAAUUAUGGAUGGAACAGGUCGGAAAUAUGGAGAUUACAAGCUUCGCUUCUGGUCAUAAAGCCCAGCUCACAUUCAAACAAGCCGGCGGCAAUUCGAAAGAUCUUCAUCGAGUGGAAGGAUUCAUUUUAGACAAAUCAAAACACAAACUCAAGUUCGUAUAUGGAAAAUGGACAGAAUUCAUUAAAUGUACAGACAUCAAUUCAUACGAAGAGUACGUUAGAGAUAAUUCAACCAAAUUCUCUAGUAAUUCGAGAAGCAAAAGUCCCAACGACUCACCCUCACACACUUCCAGAAAAAUGCUCCAGAAAUUCAAUAGUCUGAAAGUUGGAUCUUUCAACAAGUCUAACUCCAUGUCCACCUCCGAGAGUGUGGACGAUGCUAGCUUAGACUUAGGAGAAAAUUCUGUACCCAAAAGUGAAUCCACAUACUCCAUAGAUAUUCCAAACUCUAUCACCAUCUGGCAAGUUAAUCCAAGACCAGCUCAAAGCAGUGACUAUUACCAGUUCACACAAUUUGCGAUGUCGUUGAACGAGAUCGAGCCCAAAAUGCAGGACUGUAUGUGCCCAACCGAUUCCAGAUUGAGGCCUGAUAUAAGAAAACUCGAGCAGGGUGACAUAGACGGUGCUGCCGUUGAGAAAACGCGACUAGAAGAAAAACAAAGAGACGCCAACAAGAGUCGCAAGAGCAAGAAAACUGCUGAGUGGACUCCGAGGUGGUUCCAUCAAGGCACUAACCCUUACACCAAGCAAGACGACUGGGAAUACAAUGGUGACUAUUGGAAAAGACAAUACACCGAUCCUGAUAUAUUUUAA